AGAAUACAAGAUAUAGUCGACUGGAGAAUGGGAAUGAGUCUGGCAUGAAUAGGGGGGAGGACAGGGGCGGAGGGGCGAUGGUUCAGCCAGGGCCAGGCAGAGGACAGGAAGGCUUGACUGGCCUGAAUGGAGAGAGGUAGGCAGCCAGUUUGAUUAGGACCAGAACCAGGCAGAUACAUGAAGAGUUUGGUUGGAGUGAAUGAGCAGGGACCAGACAGUUUCGUUGAGAACUGGGGCUGGUAGAGGAAGAACAGCAGGAGGAGUUGGCUGGGGUAUGGGGCUGGGGCCAAGGAGUCAGCAGCCUAACUAGGUCAAGGGUCUGUAACUUGGAAGGAGGUCCAAUCCACAGUUGGUGACUCAAAGAGUCAGAGGCUAGAACCAGAGCCACAGGAAGAGGAGCAGAUGGUAGGGCCACAAUAGGGAGUAAGGGCUGGAGGCUGGGGAUAGAGCCAGGGUCGAGGACCCAGCAUUGGGUACAGAGCGUAAGGGAGAAGCCAUGGGAAGGGUCUGGAGCUCCAGAGCUCAGACAGGAAGCAGGGGGUGAGUUCAAAAUGGCACAGCUCAAUUCUGGGUGGGGGUAUGCACUUUCCCUUAAAGUAGAGCUAAGAAGAACCCCACACUGCCUUAAGUCUCUGUGAUACCAGAGUGGUCUCCAAUCCAGGGGAGCCUGAAUGCUGGGGGUCGCAGGCACCUUCCCCCCACCUCUGGAAGUACAUUGCUGAAUGAAAGUACCCAGAAGUGCCCUUUAGUCUUUAUUUACAGGACAAUUUGGGGAGCAGAGCCCAGGGAUUUGGGAUCAAGAAUGGACAGGCAAGAGCCAUGGAGAGGAGGACGAGCAGAAACUGACUUAGGCUUAGAACCUAGUUUUGGUUUGUGUUUCGAGAAUUGUGUAACUCCAGUGAUUGCUAGAUUUCCUCUCCUUGAUGGAGAGACUACCAAAUACGGCCCUCUUCCCAGAGCUCCCACCCUAGGGCUCCUCUCCCUCUGUCCAGGAAAUACAGGGCAGGAAGUACUUUCAGAAAUCAGCUUGUCAGACUCCCCCAUUUUACAGAUGGGAACCUGAGGUGCAGAGAUAAGAGGUGACUUGCUCAAGGGAAGAACCUAGAUGAGAAACAGGUUCUGACUCCCAUUCUGGGCCCUCCUCCUCUUCCAGGCACACUCUGUUCCUCAACACUGCAGAGUGACCCACCUGCGUUGGUGGUGGCUGGGCCAAUCUGUCCUUCUGACUCCCUGGGGUAGAGUCUCCAGCAUUGCCCGCCCACCUCUGGGGCUCUGGUUCAGGCCAUUAGAGCUGCCUGGCUAAGCCCAAGGAAUUCUCAGCCGAACACAGUGUGCCCACUCCAGGGGAGGUAGCUGCCUCCUCUAAGCUCCCUGGGGAAAGUACACAGGCUCUGCAUUUGGGCAGAUCUGGAAUCCAGUCCUGGUUCUCUCCCCUUCUUGCUAUGUGACCUCGGGCUAGUUAACUUCGCUGAGCCUCAUUUUUCUCAUCUGCAAAAUGCACAGGAUAAUAGCACCCAGACUGCUACAUACAGUUGAAUGGUUUGUUCACUGAAAAAAGACACUUGGCUAACAGAGUUAGUGGGGGGAUCAAGAUCCAGCUCGAGAUCUGCUUGCAAAGGGCUUGGCCUUUUACUGCUCUCCCUGCUCCUGGCUCGAGCUGGUGUCUGGGGAUUCCCGAGACCGCCAGGGAGGUCCCCCCUGAGCCUGCAGGAGUUGCGGAGGGAGUUCAAGGUCAGCCUGCAGCUGGCCAAGAAGCUGUUCUCAGAGGUUCGGAUCCAGGCCCACCACUUUGCUGAAUCUCAGUUGCCAGGAGUAAGCCUGGACCUCCUGCCUCUGGGAGAUCAGCUCCCCAACGUCUCCCUGCCCUUCCAGGCCUGGCACAGCCUCUCUGACCCAGAACGACUCUGUUUCCUCUCCAUGAUGCUUCACCCCUUCCAUGCCCUCUUGGAAAGCCUGGGAAGCCAAGGGGGCUGGACUAGCUCUGAGAAGAUGCACCUGUGGACCAUGAGGCUGGAUCUCCGGGAUUUGCAGCGGCAUCUCCGCUUCCAGGUGCUGGCGGCAGGACUCAGCCUUCCUGAGGAGGAGGAGGAGGAGGAGGAGGAGGAGGAGGAGGAGGAGGAGGAGCAGCAUGAGGAGAGGAAAGGGCUGCUCGCAGCGGCUCCGGGUGGCCCCUCCCAGACAGCAGUGCAGCCCUCCUGGCCUCAGCUCCUCUACACGUACCAGUUGCUGCACUCUUUGGAGCUCGCCUUGGCUCGGGCCGUGAGAGACUUGCUGUUACUCUCCCAAGCUGGAAACCCAGCCCCACCCGUGGGGCACUCCACAUUUGGCUCCCAGCCCUGAUGGAGCGACUUCUCAGCCCCAUUCCUUCACCACCCUUCAGGACCUGGGGGCUGGAGUCUGGGCUGGCAGGACAGCCUGCAUCCAGCUCAUUUGCCUUAAACAAGGCAAGGCUCCACCGGCUUCCCACCCCAACCCCUACUCAAUAACUUAAGACACCUCCAGUCCCUGCCAGAUAUUUAUUUCUUGGAUAUUUAUUUAUUGGUUAGGGAAACGAUGGUUUAUUUAUUGUUUCAGAGCCUGCUAGUUGUCCUCGGGCGAGACCACCUUGCGGGCUGCCUAAUAAAGCACUCUCAUCUUC